GCAGCAGCGAGCUCUCAGCUGCUCGCAGUCCGGCUCAGUCCUGCGCUGGUGACGCUGAACUGGCGGCUGCAACUGCGACAAACUUUUGUGAUUUUUACUUUUGCUCCUGCUUCGCCCCCUUUGUCGAAGAUGACCUAACUUCGAAAGAGCCUCUGCUGGCCAGGGAUCGGCUCAAGUGCGAGAGACACCCUUCUACCUCCACGGCCAUCAGCACUUGAGGGCUGCUCUGCAGAUGGGAGGUCACCAACUGGUCGUCUGUUUUGCCCAGAUGCACUAUCUGCCCUCCACCCUCAUCUAAGAUGGCUGCCCGUGGCCUUCUCCUGCAUCCCAACAGACUGGAGCAGAGCUGCGUGUUACCAUGGUGAUCAUUUUCUUGAAAACACUGGAAAAGAAGAAGGGUGUCAAUGAUGUAAGGUCCAAGAGCACCGAGAGACGGCUGCGUGAGCUCCACACCAUGAGCAGAGGGACCACCCUCUUCUCCUGUGGAUCUGUGGAGCCAGAUAGGUGGCGGGACCUGGGGCAGAGCUGUGCCAUCCAGCAGAGAGCUCCUUGCCAGUCUGGUACCAGUCUGGAUGUCUGGGAUGUGAUGCCUGAGCCGGGGAGCUGGCACUGGACCAAGGAGCCAGGCAGCGCCACAGCAAUCACCAGUCUGAUAAGAGAUCUCAGCCUCGGCGACGGCGGCAUGAUCACCCACCACACCCACACCUCAUCCACCACUGCUCACUACACCACUACAGCUACCAGCCAAGCUCCUACGGCACCACCGAGCAAGCGCCAGUGUCGCUCCCUCUCGUUCUCAGAUGAAUUCAGUGGGUUCCGCUCAUCUUGGAGGCCCCAAGGCUCCCGAGUGUGGACGACAGUGGAGAAACGCAGGUGCCACAGUGGAGGAAGUGUGCGAGGGGGAGGGGGUUUCUCCAGCGGUCAUCUCCCCACCAUGCAGCGUAGCUCCAGCUUCAGUUUGCCCUCACGCACCAGCAUCCCCUCUGACGGAGCCCUGGACCUGCCAUUCUUCAACCAACGACUGCCUCUCCAUCCUCAAUUCACUGCCUCUCCAGUCUCCCCUACCUCUCCCUCCUCGCACCAUCACCACUCCCGCCAUCACCACUUCCUCAGGCCCCUCUCCCUCUCCCACGAGCAGAUCAGCUUGCCAGAGCUGCAGAGGGAGGAGGCGUCGGAGGCCAGCUCUCCAGACUCCACCCCAGAAUUGGGGAGGCGAGCCAGCCUGAGAGCCAGGGGCACGGGGUGUCUCUCUCGGAGCAGGUCCCAGCCCUGCGUGCUAAACGACAAAAAGAUUGGUAUGAAGCGCAGGAGACCAGAAGAAGCCCAGGAGCAACGGCCCUCCCUGGACUUGGCAAAGAUGACUCAGAAGCUUCAGACCUUUCAGAGCUUGAGCUGUCCUGGAUUCUCCGCCACCGACGGCUACCAGUCAAACCUGCCUCCUCCCACCGCUGACAUCUCCGGCCAACCAGACUUCACCGCUGUGUCCGAACUGGGGCUGGAGGCCCGGCAGGAGGUGGCAAUAGACGACGAGGAGGAGGAUUCAUCCUAUGAGGAGCUGGAUAGCGACUCGGCUUGUAGCGUGGACUCACGGCCUGGCUCUCCUGAAGGCAUCGUGGGCGGCAAACGCACCCUCUGGAAGGGUGAUUGCGGGACACAGAGGGACAUUUUCCAGCUGGGGGGAGAGCUGGAUCUUGACCAGAUUGAGAGAAACUGAAUAUUUUAUAGGAGAUUUUAAAAGACUGUGUCUGCGGAAAGUUAUUGGACACUGAUGAUGUACGGAGAGAUGGCUAUUAAGGAGGACUGUGGGGGGAAAAGAGUGGAGGAGUUUUGACAGGGAAAGACAAAGAAAGUGAUAUAGAUGAUGGAUUAAGUAUGUUGUGACCAGCUGCCUUUUUGAUGACACAUUUGCCUUGAACAUUCGUACUGUUUGAAUCAAAAAGCAGUGACCUUAGUUGUUUUUUUUUUUUUAUUGGGUUUUCAGCUUAACUCAGGAGUAGGAAAGUGAGGGUUAGUCUUAUAAAAAAACCUCUCAGCCCCUACUGUCUUUUCAACCUGAUGAUCUUUCCAAAGUCAGCUAACCUUAAGUUUGUAGUACUGUAGCAGUAGCUGGGCGCUCCUGUAUGUCGCUCUUUUUUUUUUUUUUUCAGUGAAAGUGGGGCAUAAAGGACGAAGCAAAACCGUAAGAACAGGAAAAAGUGUCUUCACACAGACUUACCCAUCUUUUGUGCGCACAUGAAAAUCUGAUUAUUUGCUGAAUGUAGGCUCAAUAAGCUUUGUGAGAAGUUUGGAAAAUGACAGUGCCUUCCUUUGGAUGCUUGCUCCCCUGGUUCUCUAGCCUCAAUUGAAGCCACCUUUUCUGACGUUUUGUAGUUUCUUAAUAUGCAAAAAUUGUAUAUUUGAAUUAAACACUGAAUCUCAAGUUUUCAGUUCUAAUAUCAAUGUAUAUUUUUCUAAGUAACUGUUUUUUAUGAGCUGUUUGUGAAGGAGCAAGAGUACGAGGCCUUUCUUCUAACAGGAUGGACAUGAAAUAAAUUUACAACCUGCA